AUGUCCGAAGAAGACGUGAUACCGGAAACCGGAGCUGUUUUCACAUAUGGAAAAAGUAGUUUUGCAGACAACAUUCCAAGUCACUUUUUCAUCAGAAAUGAUCCAGUGAUUGAAAUCAGCUGCGGGGAAGAACAUUCUGGAAUUGUCUGCAAGAAUAACAUCAUUUAUGGAUUUGGCGACAACAGCGAUGGCCAACUYGGACAAUCGGUGGCUGACGUAACAUACAGCGAUGUGCCCAUCGAAGUUACCCGUUUCAAUGAUAAAAAUAUCAUUCAACUAUCCGCUGGAUCGUAUCACACGGCAGUCCUCAUAGAAAACGGUGACGUCUACGUCUGGGGAUCGAACAGCGACAGACAACUAGGAUUAAACUCGAUUGACGAAGAUUCGGUCAACGUCAGUGUGCCGACCAUUGUGCCAAUCGCCCUGCCCGUUGUGUACAUAUCGUGCGGGCACAAUCACACCGCGUUCGUCACAAGAAUCGGAGACUUGUAUACGUGCGGUGAUAAGGAGUAUGGAAAACUUGGUCAUGGCAUGUGGUCACUAAGCCGGGUCGACACAAACGAAAAGAUUGUAAGAGUAGCUUGCGGGGCUAACCACACGAUCGCAUUGAAUGACGCAGGAAAAGUGUUUGUUUGCGGUAACAACGACUGUGGACAAAUAGGUUUGCGGAGCGUCACAUCACAAGGUCAUCUGUACCCUUGUCCUAUUACCAACGAACCGAUCGUUCAGAUUGUGUGUGGACAGAGCCACAGUGCUUUUAUCACCGCGAGUGGUAAACUAUUUAUGUGUGGUGACGGAAAAUACGGAAAGCUCUGCAUAGAUGUCAAUCAAAUAACAACUCCAACGCUCGUGUUAGAGUUUGUAGAUAAAAAUUUAAAAGUACAGAUGGUCAGUUGUGGAGGAAACCAUACUUUAAUUCACGCUGAGCCUAUCGAGAACGAACACGCUAAUAAUAGCUUACAACAAAUCAAAUCGUCUGACUCAUUGCCUCCAUUAAGGGUUGUGAAAAAGAAAAUCGAAGAGCGAAAAGAAAAUAUUGAACCGUUUCCAUCGAUUACUCCAGCUAAUGAUAACGAUCUGGAAGUAUUGAUCAUAGUUAAAGAAAGUGUAAAAGAAAAGAACACAAAUGUGAACGAACAACAAAAUAAUGGGGAUAAAAAAUCAUUCAAUGAUAAGAUACCAACGGGAAUAAAAAAUAUAGAUGGUGAAAAGGUAGAAAAAGAAGAAAAUAAAGGAAACAUGUUGGUUUUGAACGUUUCCCAAACGAUCGGCCCAUGUGUGAGAGAGGGUCUGGUAGAUAAAGAGGGGGUUCCACCUACUGAAAGAAUAACGGGGGAAUGGUCACUGGCUAUAUCACAAAUAUUUUCAAUAUUUUUACUCAAUGAAUUAGAGGUGUUUGUGACAAAGAAAUCGAGUAUAUCUGGGUUUCUGUUUGAAUGGGUGGGCCAAUAUGUAGGACCUGUUGGUGAAACGAAGGAGUAG